CUGUGGGAAGGAAAAGCAUUGUUGUACUGGAAUAAAUCUAAAUGUAAACUUUGGCGGUGAAUUCAGUGAUAUGUUCAAUGUUUAUUUACUCUUCACUACUAGUCCAGAUGUGAUAUAAUGAAUGACAUUGUAGACUACAGUGCUUUUAGCAAAGAAGAACUUGAUGAAAUUCAGAAAGUUAAUAAUGAUCGAAUUAAGGAUCUUGAAAAAGAUAUCUUUUUGCUGGAAAGAAAUUUACAGCAAUAUGGACCUGUUGGAUUGAUUGAGUCAAAAUUUGAUAUCAGUAAUAGCCGACAUAGGUCUAUGUCUAAUCAUAAUAGUAGAAGACUAAAGAAUAGAAAAGACAGUUCAAAUGAUGAUGAACUAACCAGCUUUCUGAAAGAUGAAAUUGAUAAUUACACUCACAGGCUUAAAGAGACUGCUAAAUUGACAGGUGUGAAUAUUGAGAACAUAGAGAGACAUGUUAUUGUGUUAGAUGAAAGUCAGUGCAUUAAACAAUUUCACUUGGAGCUGCAAAUUUUGGACAGAAAAGUUCUUGUUACAUACAAACUACAGGAAGCACUGUCAUGUGAAGAAGCUGACACGACUAGAAACAAGCUUAUAUGGUUUGAAGUGAAGUUUACUGAGGAUAUCAAUAAUGUCAUUGGGGAUGAAGUAACUAAGGCCGUAGAGAAUGUGGCCAUUCAUUCAACCUUCUCCUUGUUAAAGUCUUAUAUCCAGUGGCUGAACUUGCAAGAAAUAACUUUAGACCGAUUUCUGAAGACAUAUCCUGAAAAUGUCAUAACUUCAGUCAACGAAAGGAGAAAUUGUUGUUUAACAAUAAAAAGCACUAAACCAAAUAGGCCUGUUUUCAAUUUAGAGUGGGGCAGAAAAGUGGUUGUUGACAGAGUGGAUGCUGACAUCAGGUUAGAAGUGGAUGCACCUGAAGAAGUUCUAGCCUUAGAUUCCAAACAUAUAUUGGAAUCAUCCCCAAAAAUAUUUUAUGGAAUGCUGGAGAAAUUGGGCCCAGAAAAAGCCAUUGAAAGUCUCAUCCUGCUGGUAGCUACAGAUGGAAAGGGGGCUUAACAAGUGAAGUGUCAUUUUUUAAAUUAGAUAUUUAUUUCUUUUUUAUGUUUGUAUGUAUUAUUUACAGAUGAUAAAAAAAAUGUCACCAAUAUGUUCCUUACUUAACUCUAUGCUCCAAUCAUUUUGAAAGGCAUCUUAACUCAUUCCAUACGUUAGUUUUUGUCAAUGCAACGGAGCAAAAAAAAAACCGGCUCAAAAAUUUUCUAGUGAUAGUAUUGUAUGUUCUUAUAUACAAUCAUUUUUUUUUUAGUUUCUAUGGCAAGUAGCAUAUCAAUGUUUUUGUCAUUGAAUGAGGAAUGUUAUACUGUAAACAUGAAUAAGAUAACUACAAAAAUACAACACUGUGGAAAAAAAAAGUUAUACUGUAAACAUGAAUAAGAUAACUACAAAAGUAUAACACUGUGGAAAAAAAUAUAUUUAAAAAAAAAAUUAAACUCAACUUACGGUUAUGGAAAUCCAAUAAUUAAAAUCCAAAGAAGCUGGUUUCUACACAAUUUAUACCAAAAUAUGUUUGUAAGAAAGUAGCAAAGUUUCAUUUAAAUUGCACAAGAAAUAAAAAAAGUUAUGAAUUUUUUUGUCCACACACCUGAAAUUUUUUUUUUACACAUUUUUUAUGAAAACUGAACUUUGUACACUAUAUACAGAAAAUGAGAGAACAAACAUUGUCCAACAUCCAACAAAGCUAUUGCACUUCAUGAAAGGAUUUGAAGCAUCCUUUUGGAUGUAAAUGAGGCAUUGCUUCACAUCCAGAGCAAAAAAAAUGGGUUCUGGCCCGUUUAGUGCUCGUAGAACAAAAAACGCAGUCUCUGUCCCGUUUGCUGUAGUCCACUAUAUGCUGACUCUUAGUUUUUUCCAGGCAACCUGUCUCUUGUUGUCUACCAUUAGCUCUGAUUUGUUCAUUCAAAACUACAUUCUGUGUAAGCUGUCGAAUUAAAACAUGCUUGAAGUCUUUCAGAGACAGUUUUCUUGCACCAGGUUUCUGGCUGAGGCAAAAUAAAAUGUAGGAAUUGGCUUGACAUAUUUCAAACAGCCAAUAAAACUAUUUCUUCCACCACUUGAUGGUUUUUCUUUCAAAGACACAGUAGUAGGUCACUUUCCGGUCUAGCUUGUCACACCCAUUCAUGUUUCGAUUGUAAGUGUCGACCAUCGAAGGCUUGUCAACAUCGUUCACUUUUGCGGUGCCCACUUCAGCAUCUGUUGAAACCAUAAUGACAUUUUUUUUUGCUUUUUUGUCUUUGAAAGCAACACAGGGCAUUGUUUUUUCUUUGUGGAGGAACCAUUUCAUAUGUUUGUAAGAAAGUAAGUAAGAAACUCUUGACUGCUUUUGGAAAUCCGAGUCUGUUGACGUUGAGUGUACCUGUGUAGUAUUGCUAUUUUUGUAGCAAAUAGUUGAUGAGUUUCCGGGUGGUAUAAAACAGAUCAGCAAAAAUUUUAUGCCCUGUUCCCACAUGUUGAAGGAGGGUGUCAAAAACCUGCACAGCUUGUCCCCCAUCCUUAUCUGCAUCAGGAUUGUAAGAGGUAUUUGCCCCAAAGUAAGUCAAAAUAUUGACAACAUAGCCGGUUGCAGAAUCACACAGGCCAAAGGUUUUGAUGUGAUAUUUGCUAGGUUUAGUGGCAUUAAACAUUUUGUGUUGCCACCUACCUCUAAAACCAAUGACCAUCUCAUCAAUGCUGAGCUCCUGGAAGGGAUAAAAACAUUUUCUAAAUUUAUCUGUCAAUAAAUUCAGGAAUGGCUCUAUUUUUUCUUUUCCUUCUGAUGCUUCAUCGCCACAGUGAAGCAUGGUGUGGUAGAUAUCUUGGAAGCAUUCUCUGUUGAAUACGUGGUGAAUCCAAGGAGCAUAAAAUUCUGCAGCCGUCGUCCAGUAGUCCGAAAUAGCCGGUCUUUUUUUCAAUUCCAAUUUUUAUUAGCACUGCCAUAAACUUGUCCAACUCACUUCUUGUAUCGUCAGUCCAUUGUCCGAAGACAGAUCGCUUUCGUGUUGGGUUGUUCAGUUGGCAUUUUUUUCUUGCAAAUGAAUUGAUAGAAUAUAUCAAGUUGUCUUUAAUUCUGUCAUCAAAGAUUGCAUGAAAAAAAUCAAGUGGAGAAGAUUGAUCACUUAAAAGUAGAUCAGGGCAAACUCCAGGCAUUUUCAGAGGGUGAAAUCUGAAAUUAUUUUCAGUAGUUCCAUAUGUAAUAUGGUCCCAUUCAGGAUCUGCAGAGUCAGAAGAAUUAGAUGUACUAGACGUAGUGCUGGUAUCAACAGACUGAAGACUAGUAGAUCUAGAACAUUUCCCUUUCCCUUUACUUACAGCAGUUUUUUCCACAAGUGUUGGCUGAGGGCGAGGUCUGGUUGGUGGCUCAUAAUCUUCAUCACUGUCAUCAAAUAUAAGCUGUGGGUCCAUAUCAGAAUCUUCAUCAUAAUAAAUAGGUCUUGAGACUCUAGGCCUAGGUCUACUAGAACUACUGCUUAGUUUCAUGCUUUUACCUGGAUUCUGAUCUGAAUCUAAAGCAGGUUCCUUCCUUUUUUUGCUAGACUUAGACUGAGAGGCACAGUCUCGAAGACUAUCAAGUUCUAGAUCUAGAUUCUGAAUAUCACUAGAUCUAUCAUCAUCCGAUUCAGAAUCAAAUAGAAUCAUCUGACUAGCUUCUUCAGCCUUUAUACAUCUGUAUUUAUUACAAUACGUCUAGAGCUAUCACUUGAAGAAGCCAUUGAAUCAGCUGUUUUUUGUUGUCACAAAUUUUUGUGUCAAAAACGGUAACACAGCGUGGUAAAAUGUCUAUAACAAAAUCAAAAACUGCGCUAUAAUCAAACCAAAACAACAUAAAGGAAGUAGAACCUCUUCUGAAUAGAAGUAAUGAAAAGUAUUUGAAAUAAAAGUGCUUUAAAAAGAAGAAAUACUCAUUUAAAGAAACAAUAUACGCUUGGCGCAGCCUGCGGUGAUACGUAGUCAAGCGAAAUCGCGUUGGCCCACUGUGCGGCGUUACGUAUUGAAUGAGUUAAUUUAACAAAAAAAUUUUUUUUUUUUUACAAAUUAAUAUCAUCCUUUGGGUCUACAACAUGUGCUACCUUUUUUUUCAUGUACACAUUUUAAAUUUUGACUUUGAAGCUUUUUACAAUUGUCUAUUAGUAGCUAAAUUUGUCUAUUGUUGCCAGAGAGCUAUAUCGUUUUUAAGAGUGAAAAAAAUAUUUUAAAAAUAUUUAAAAUGAUAUAAUCUGGUUUAUAUUCAAAUAUUUCUGAUCAACGAGAUUGCAACCAUACAUGUACUUGUUGUACGUAUCCACGACAGCAGGCUUCAUUUUAUUUUUUAUUUCUCUGUUUUCAACUUUUCCCAUGGUAGAUAAAAUAGCUACAGGCUUUUUAGCAUUUUUGUCUUGCCAGCUUACUACCAUUAGUUUUUCUUCAGCUGUCUCCCAAUAUCUAGACUCAUGUUCCUCAUGGUUAGUUUUUUUAUUUCAUCAAGAAAGCCUUUGUGGCUUUAUUUUUCUUCUGAUAAAAGAUAGUCCACAAGUUUUCUGGUCGUGUAAAAGCCAUCAGCAAAAACAUGGUAACCUCUGCCAAUGACGCCAAGCAAAGUGCUGAAAAUCUGUACUGCCUGCUCUCCGUCCGUGUCACUGUUUGGGUCAAAUGAGGUGUUUUUUCCUUAGUAUGUCAGAAGAUUAAGCACAUAUCCUGUAGAGCUAUCAACAAGCCCAAAGCUUUUGAUAUGGUAUUUAUAUGGUUUUGAAGGGUUAAAUUGCUUGUAUAGCUAUCAUUUCAUCGACGACCACAUUUUGGAAAGGCGUGUAGACAGUGCUGUAAUUUUCAAUCAAGGGAUUGAUGAAUGGCUCUAUCUUGUUUUUUCCUUCAGCAUCUUGUUGUCCACAAUGUAGCAUUGAACAGAGUAAUGACAAAAACCUGUCCCUCUGUAACAUUUCAGAGUAAAAUGGAAUAUAAUAAAUAUCAUCUGUCGAAAAAUAAUCUUUUGGUUUAUCUUUUUGUUCAAGCCCAUAGCCAUGGUGGUUGCCAAAAAUUUAAUCAUCUCAUACUUGGUUACAGGUUUCCAGUUUUGAAAUCUUGACCUUCUCCUCAAUGGGGUGUUUUGCUUCACUUUUUUUAGAGCAUAGGCAUUGAUGUACUCUAUCACAAUAUCCAUGAUGGUACAUGUGAAGAGGGCAGAAAAGCAGUCCAGAACAGAAGAUGACUGGGAUAAAUAAUGUUCAUUUAUGCCAAGCUCAUUCUUAGGUGCAAAACUAAACUUGUUUUUGGUUUCAAAACCAUCAGACAGAUCUAUUUACAAUUACAUUAUCAUUCAGUUUUCUUAUUUGCUACCAGCAACUGGGAAACAUGAUACUAAAGAAGUUUUGAUGUACUAAAUAUAUACAUAUAUAUAUUUUUUUUUGUCAUGACCUAAUUUUCAAGUUUUUUUUUUAUUUUUAUUUAAACAUUUUUUUUUCAAAAACUAUCAAUAGCAUUACUAUUUUUUCUAGCAUAGGGUCUGUAUUAUUUAUUAUGUUCCUGCACACCAAAAAAUGAGCUUCCUACCUUUAUUGGUUGUUAAGAUUUUAAGAAAUGUUCAGUGACUAUAAAUGUGAGAAAACAAUAACUGCAUUUAAAGUUUUAUACAUGAAUUUUAUGUUAUAAGAAAACAAUCAUAUUAAAACUUCUAUACUAUACCAAUUCAGCAUUAAUACAGUACAAAAAAACAACAAAACAUUCAACAAUUAAAAUAGCCAGCCUUAUAUGUUACACCCUCUUGCACUUCUCUGUCAUGCUCCUUUUGCAUCAUAUUUUAAAUUUUUUUUCUUUCCCACUUGGAAAUCCCUGACACUCUUUUCUUUGCUAACAGCUAUUUGUUUUUCUGUUUUACCCCAUAAUAUGAAUUGUCUCUUAAAGUCCAGUCAAUAUUUAAUUUUUGGAAUAAACUUUUAAUUCCAAUGCCACCAUUGUUGAAUGUCUAGGUAUGUUGCUGUCUGAACAGAAUUCAGUAAUGCAAAGUCAGUUUUGGGGCAUCUUUGCAUUCUGAGUUCCCAUUUUGGCACAUCUUUGCAAUAAGUCUGGUUCUGUUAGUCAUUUCACAAUAGCAAAUAUCAGUUCACUGACGGUGCUUGGAUUCGUUGGCAUGUGUUUCCCAUAUGGUUGUUUUCUAUGUCAGGCUUUGUCAGCUUGUUCUUCAGCAAUUUUUUAUUACUGGCUUUUAAAUUAGUCAGGGCAUUGAACAAUCUCUUUGCAAUAGAAUUGAUGCAGUCUUCUUUGAGAAUAGCAAUAACUUAAAUAGCAACGGAAUGUGACUUAUCACCAUCACAUAACAUGGUGCUUUAGACGAGGUGUCUUUUAUUUAUGGAAUGUGAAAAAAGUCUGCCUCUGAUCCAUAAAAAUUUUUCUGACACUUUUAAUGUAAUUUACUUUUGGCACAUAACUGACAAAAGUUGGAUAGAACUUCCGUAUCCAAUAUGAGCCCUGUCUCGAAGUGAACGGUGGUACCCACACCAGUGUGCGAGGAAUGACCUCGUUUAUGCCAUGACCCAUCAAAACUAAUGGUAACUACUGGGCAGCCAGAGACACUGCAUAUGUUUGAACAAUGUUAGCUGCUUUGUUCAUAAAUUCCUCUCCUGCUUCUUUAGCUGCAGUAUUUACAGCAUUUGAUAAAAUUAGGAAUGUAUUUCUAUGCAGUGAAUUUAAACUCAUAAGUCCGCAAAAUUUUUCAUAUGCUGCAACAGUUCUAAUAUUUAUAUCAAACUUUUCAUCUUCCCUUUUUGAUGUCCAGUCUGACCAGACUAAUUGUUCACAUGACUGUGGACUGAACAAUGCCCAGCUUUUCUGACUUUCGUUGUUGAUUAUAAAGACUUGCUAACAGCAAUAGACCUCAGCAACAGAGCUCAGCACAGAAAAUUGUACUCUUUUCAAUGGCACCAUUGAGGCAAAUUUAGUUUUGUUACAGUCACUCCAUAUCUUAGAGUGAAGCCAUUCAUUUGAGUUCUGGGUAGCUCCCAGGAGACAUCGUUGUAACAGUUUUGGUUCGGAUAAUCACUGAUAGAGAGGUUUUAGAUGUUCAGCCAAUAAUUCAUAUUUUAGAGGAAUACUGACACAUUUAAGAUGUUUCCCAGGCACUUUGUUCUGCACUAUGGAACACCACGAAAAUGCACCGGUUGGGCAAAGGUGCUGAUCAGUUGAAAAGCCAUUGUACAUAGUAGCUAAAAUGGCCUUUCUCAUUUCAUCCACACUUUUAUGUUUCCGAAUAACCCUUAUAUAGCAAUUAGAAAGUUUCAUUAUGGUAUUCUGUGUUAACUUUCCGAAGCCGUUGCCACCCAGGGUUAUCUUUCAUUUGCAACAGUCAGACACAAGGUUACAAAGUGCAGUUCCUAACUUUUUUCCUACGUGGUUGACACAUUCUUCUUUUGUAAUCACAAGACCUGGAUAAGGAUCAAUUUCUGAUACUCUAACAAAAGACUUCUCAUCACCAUUUGACAACAUUGUGGUGUAUCUCAGUUUAAACUUUUUGAAUGGUCCAAAGAAAUUCUGCUGCAGUGGUCUCCAUCAUUGCUGAAAAACCUUUCAAAUAAAAAAAAAAAACAUUAAAUUUUUAGUGAUAGAAAUAAUAUAAACUAUUGUCAAAUAGUUUCUCAAGCAAUUGUUAAAGACAACAAUAUUGUAUUUAUACACCAAAACCUUUUUGUUUUAAUUGCUUUUAAUUUUUAUUUUAUAAAAUUAAUUCAAUAAACGGUUAUUAUAAUUACAGUAAACAAUUAUGUUUAAAAACUAUUUUAAUAAUAAAAAUAAUGUUUUACCUGUGUAGUUGAUAUGGCAUUUAGGCUUGUGUCUUUCAUACCAUUUUUUGUAUUUCAAUGGCGAGGUUUUCUUGAUUGGUUUACCAAUUUUUUGACAAGUUAGGCAAAAUGAUGACAUGACGUGGAAGUCAAGAACAUAUCCAGUUAGAACGUCAACAACACAACCGAGGCUAAUCAUAGAACUAUGAUCCAUCAUAGGAUACUGCUAUGUCAAUAACAUUUUCUGGGAUUAUUGUAGUUCCAUUUAGUUUAGAAUGUGCCUUUCUAACUAAAUUCAUUGUUCUCUUUUCAAACUGUUUCUUCAAAUGUGAUGCUUUAUCGUACAAUAUUUUUGAUGUGCGGUCAAAAGUUUGUUUUGAUAAUCCAGGAAUGUUGAGGUGUUCAUAGAUCUUAUUAAAAGUAUAGGGUCCAAACUCGCAUAAAGCCGAUGAUAAAGCUGCAGAAUUGUUGACGUUAAAUUUUGAAUCAGAUUCUGAACGAGCAGAUGUAUAUGAACUGUUUACAGUAGUCUGUCACUCUUGACAUCUAUACACAUUACAUUGAUUUUUACAGCAAGACCUUUUCUACUUUUUUCAUCACAAGUAAUUGUAAGUGUGGGCUUCUUACUAAUUGGACAAAGUAAUGGCUUUAUGAGAGUUUUAAUUUGGAUUAGAUCCACUCUAGUUCUAAUGUUCUAUUGAUCUGAUUUGAUCUUUGCUGUUUGUUUUUUUUCUCAUUAAACAGUUUAUUUUGAACAGUCCAGUCUAUGUUCAGUUUUUGGUCAAAUGAACCUCUUGCUUCUGCCUCCGAGCUGAUUCUUUUUAAUAUUCAUUACUUAAUAUGUUGGUCAAAUUUGAUAGCUGUAUUUUUAUUAAUUCUAGAAAUAUUCUACAGGGGGGGGGGGG